CACCUACUUACCUGCCUACCUUACUUACCCUCCUACGCAUCCCAUCCACUAUACAGCAAACAAAAUGACCGACGAAGAGGAGCGCACAAAGGCCGAGAAGCUGGCCGCCGCCAAAAAAAGAGUCGCCCAACUCCAAAAGCAGAAGAAAAAAGCAAACAAGAAAGCCUCCGUCUCUGAAACACCUACCACCAGCAAAGGAGAUUCCCCGAAAGAACCCACCCCCGAAACUGAAACUGCGACCGAAAACCAACAACAACAACACGAAGAAGAGCCAACACCAACACCAGCAAGGGUAGAAGACACAAAGGACACAAAAGACACCGACACCGACACCGCCAAGUCACAACCUACACCUCCCACCCAAGAACAGGAUGAGAACACAACACCUACACCCGCAUCGCUCGACGCAGGUGUCUCGCCGCAGCCUGCGAAACACGGCCACGGCCGGCAGCCUUCGCUGUCGAUCCAGUCGAAGAUGAGGUCGUCUUCGUUUCGGAAGGGGUCUGUUUCGCAGGGGAGUGCGUCGCCUUCGCCUUCUGCGAUGCUUAAGUCGCCUGCUCUGCCGCCGUUGACGGCGGAUGGGGAGUCCGUGCAUGAGGUUUAUCGGAAGCAGGCGGGGCGGAUUGAGGAGGUGGAGAGGGAGAAUCGGCGGUUGGAGAAGGAGCUUGAGGAGGUGAUGGGACGGUGGAAGAAGACGGAGGAGCAGUUGGAGGAUAUGCGGGAGGCGAGUGUUGAUGUUGUGGAGUUGAGGGGGAAGUUGGAGAAGGCUGAGGUGGUGGUGGGGGAGGUUGAGGGGUUGAAAGCGGAGAUUGCGUCGCUGCAGAGGCAGAACUCGCAUUUGCAGAAGACGCAUCGGAGUGCUGCUUCGCCGGCUUCGGCGGAGUCGCCCCCUGCCGAUCUUGUGCAGCAGCUUGAGUCGAAGUCUGCGACUAUUGAGGCGAUGGAGCUGGAGAUUUCAAAUUUGCGUGCUCAGCUUACGGAUCAGGCUACGGCUGGGAGUGCUCAUGAGGAGCAGAUUAAGGCACUGGAGGAGAAGUUGUCUGGCAGUGAAGCUGUGCUUGAGAGCACGCAGCGUGAACUUGCUGAUACUAAGAGUGCCUUGACUCGUGCGUCGGAGAAGGCCGUCAAAGAAGGGGUGGAUAAGACCUCUACGGAAACCCAUAUCAAGAACCUGGAACGGGAACUCGCGGAGGCGAAGCAGGGCAAGACGGAAUCAGAGAAGAAGAUUGAAACUCUAGAGAAGAAGAUUGAAGCAAUGGGCAACCUCCACAAAGAGUCUGAGACACGACACCAAGCGCGACUGCGUGAGAGCGAGAAGACCGAACAAGAAGUAGCCCUGCUACGAGGUCGACUAGCGAGCGCUGAAAAUGAAAAUCUCCGACUGAAGGAGGAGCAGGAGACCCUUCGCAAGCGCCAUGCUGAGGGUGCCGAUGAUGACGGCAUCGACGAGCUCGAGGAUGAAGAACGGUCCCGGCUCGAGCGCCGGAUUCGUGACCUGGAAGGCGAGAUUUUUGACCUCCGUCGAGGAGUCUGGAAGGAAAGACGUCAGGAACUUACCGGCGACCACGAAUCGACUCUCUCUUACUCGUCGAACGCCAACCAGGCUGCUAACACAUUCGAUGAUGUCGACCUCGUCGGCGGAGCCCCCGAACACGCUCGCCGACGCAGCAUGCGACAACACUCCUCCUUCUCGACCGUCUUGUCUAGUGGCUUCGCGGCAUUCACCGGAGGUAACAGCUAUGGCAACAAAGGGCACGCGGUCUCGAACAAGCCGCACCCCGCUGCUGCACGGGGAAGUCUUGAGCUCCUAUCUGAGGAGAACUUGGACGACGAAUUCGACGAGGCAGAAUUCGCACGUGCCCAGGCCGAGGAAGAAGCACGCAAGCGUGUCGAGUGGGUCCGCGAGAUCAAGAAAAAGCUCAAGGACUGGCAUGGCUGGCGAUUGGAUCUGGUCGACAGCCGGGCUGGAGCGGAGGGAGCCGGCGUGGGAAUGGGCGAGAUUUUCGAGAUUUAGAGCUACAUCUCAUUGCUAAACUGCUAUCUUUCCAUCUAUUGUUCAUGUGAAGGCUCAAGGUUAUGUUCAUGUUCGCGGGAAUGUGGUUGGCUGGAGUACGGCGGGUGCGUAGAUAUGAUAUCCCAAUUGAUGAUUCUUUAUCCUUCAUAUCUUUCUU